GUCAGAUACGUCAGAGUGUCAAAAGAAAAUGACGUAAAUUGUAGUACAACAAAAAUAAUUUUAAUCUAAUAAAAUCGUGUAUUGAUUAUUGAAAAAGGUUUUUAGUUAAUAAGUUCAACAUGUUUUGUUGUCUGAAAAGUUGUAUGAAUGGCUUUACGCUAACGCCUAGUGUACCUAUACGGAUAAAGGAAAAUCCUGUACAGUUGGAUACGUUACACAUGGGCCAUGAGAUGGUAAUAAUAAAAGGUGGCCAGCGAGUGUGUGGUUCUGGCUGUGCGCUCGGGAAUGCACCACUGGUGCAGAACAAGUCAUACUUCGAGGUGAAGCUGCAGCAGGGCGGAGUGUGGGCUGUCGGAGUAGCUACCAGGGAAACAGAUCUCAAUAGAGUACAUGGUGGUAUGGACAAAGAGUCCUGGUGCCUCAACAGCGACGGCACGGUGCGCCACUCGAAUAUCGAACUCUACCACCUCGCACAGGCGCCGAGAGAGUCGCCCACAGCCGACUUACUUGUGUCCACGGAGUCACCAACCCAUGAAAAUGAAAAACCAGAGAGCGAGAAAGGGACAAACAGUGCGGCGGUAAUGCCGGUAGAGGGCGACACUAUCGGUGUGGCCUACGACCAUGUAGACCUGAACUUCUUCUUGAAUGGAAAGAAUAUGGAGAUACCCAUCAGUAAUAUUAGGGGAACAGUAUAUCCCGCACUUUACGUGGACGACGGCGCAAUUUUGGACGUGAUUUUCGAAAACUUCCUCUACCCACCGCCGACAGGAUUCGAGAAGAUUAUGGUGGAACAAUCCCUACUCUAACAAACGACGAUCGACCGGCAGUGUAUACGGACCUUGAUGUUUGAGCAGAGUGCUAUGUGAAUACUGCUUAAGACUUAUACCUGAGACUGUCUAGUGUGGAUGAACUAUAUUUUUAAAUACUGAACCUUUAUCUAUGGUGUGUUGUUGGGACUCACAUGCUUGAUUUUUAAAUUGUUUUUUUUUUCGUCACAAUAAAAUGAAAUAUGUAUAAUAUUUGACCUCCUUGUUACAUUCUUAUGAGGCGUAUCAAAUCGUAUCGUACUUUUUAAAAUGAAGAAUUAAGAAAAAAGAAAGAAAUGAAGUAUAGAGGUCAACCUCUUUGUUACGUUGUUAUGAAUCGUACCAAAUUGAAUUGUACUCUUUUUUACCUUAUUAUUAUGUUUUAGAAGAUUUAAUUUGAAAUCAGAACAAAAUGAAGCUUUACUCUUGGGCACAAAUAUCUUUAAAAAUAGAAAAUUAGUUACUAACCUGCACGACUUUUAAUAGUUUGAAGACAUAAAAUUUUAUUUUUAAGAGGUUUUAAGUGGUAGGUUUAUUUAAAUUGUUAUUGGUUUUCUAAAAUGCUUUUAGUAUGUGAGUCUCAACAAGACAUUAAUGAAUAUCUAUGUAUAUCAUGACUCUCUUGUCACUGUAUAGUAUUAAAUUGUGAUCGAAGGAAACUCCAUAUAUUUAUUGAUGUAACCAAGGGCCGAGACCAGUGGCAUGUUAAAUGAACGUAGGACAUUAAUUUUAAUAUUUGACCACUUUAAAAACAUUAAAAAUAAAUGGAUAAAGCCACCUUAAUCCAUUUAAUUUAAGAGUAGGAAUGUAUCGGUUAAAAAAUUGAUCCUAAAUAAUGUUUAUGUUUAUGUACCGUGUCCAGCAGGUCAACCUACUCCUUUCUGUCAUUUCUUUAUUGGACUUUCGACUUUAAAUUCUGUACCCUUAGUACGAGUUUGCUUUACGUUCGGCCGGCUCGAAUUAACCAACCAAUCAGAGCGCCGAACGCGCUCUUGGUUCGAUUACUUUGAACGUAAAGCAAACUCGUUCUAAGGGUACUAAACAAUAAAGUUGAAUAUCUAAUAAUAAAAAAGAAAGACAGUACCAGAGUAUUUUAGUUUCUGGACUACUAGUUCAAAAAUGUAUCUUAUUAUUUUGGUACUAAGGUUAGUUCUCCUUGUUUCUUAGUUUUUCUAUGUAGAUUGCCACUUGUCUCUGCCCAAGUAGAUUCGCUUUGGUGGUCGAUGUGAGCCGCAUCAAUGUAUAGUAAGUUUACUGUUCAUCUAUUUAAUGUCAUCAGCGAAACUGAAUAUAUCAUGCACAAUAUCACUAAAUACAUAAUUAAUUUCCAAAUAUAUCAAUCGAAUAUUAAUUUAGUACACGUAGAUUCAUAGCAAUACAAAAUUCUUAACGUAAAUUACAUUAAACGGCUUAUAAAAUAUUUGUUUUUACAAUAACAUACAUGAAAUAAAUUAAUUUAUCAUUCACUAAAAUAUUUUUAUAGUGGGAGUAUCCUUAAUUUUUUUUUUGAUAGCAACAUUGGUUUUAUACGUGUUGCCAUACGUAAUAACACAUUCCAAAUUUAAAUUAACGGUUUAUUUGAGAUGAAAUUGUGAAUUGAUCUCUGUAUUUAUUAAUUAUAAAGGUACUAAUAUUUUUAGCUAGGAAUUUAAUGCUAGACGCUCGAAAUUUUAAUUUAACAAUUGUGUCGUUUUAAUCAACAUAUUUUUAUUUAAAAAAUGGAGUUGUUUUAGUUGAAGCUCCUAAGAUUUUUAACUAUAUUGCAUAUCGAAAAUCUAUGAAACACGACUUAACUACUGAUUUUUGUCGUUCUGGGCUGCAAGCCUAUUAUUUUUUAACAGUAGUGUAGGGGAUUAUAAUAUAACUCCCUAUAAAUUUUUUCUUCUCAAGUUCGAUAGUGACGUUGCUCAUUUUUUCUAUCUUUAAAAGCACUUUAGAUCUACUCGGGACAAUAAUACUGCCGUCCAGUAUAAAGGCGGUCCUUCCUAUAUUCACUAUGAUUAGAGCUUGCUCAAUAGGGAUUCGGUAAACGGAACAGUAUACGCGAUAUUGAACCCUGUACUCGUAGUGUUAUGAUACAAACUCCAUUGUCCAGUAAUACGGGUACCAGCGUAUUAAAGUACAAUCUGUCUUUUGAUUUUUUAAUACAUUUUCAACUUAAAUGUCUCCAAAUAAAGUCGAAAGCCUAUUGGACGGUUUGUCAGUUUGGCGUCAUUUGAUGUAGUGGUGUCGAAGAUCCAGGACCCUAAUUCAUUUAUGUGUAUGACCAGUUGCGCAAUCGUAGUAUACUUGUACUGUGAUUUAUAUGGUGGCCGACGACUAUUUGGUGGCGCAACUAAGUUGACACCAGUUGAUGUACGCUUUGUACAAUUUGUUGUUUGCACGACACGUUUGCGAUAUCUGAUAGUAUUUUAUAAAAUAGGGCUCAAUUGCUUAAACUAUACAGUUGAAAGUUAAGGAGAAAAAAUAAAUAAAAUUAUAUUAUUAUUAUUUCAAUGCGACGUGUAUACGUUUUUGAUAAAUUGACUUGCAGAAUCAUCUGUUUGUUGGCGCGUUAGAUACUUUUUUUUAAAUUAAAUAGGCCUCCAUCAUUAUAUGAUUGAAGAAUGAUUGCAUGGACAAUGAACUUUCGUUAUAUUAUUUGCAUUGAUGACAGAUGAAAUAAUGACUACGUUAUUUUAAAUAUUUUUGUUUUAUGGACUAAACUAUUGAGCUGUGCAAUACAUUUAAUACAACACUUUACCCAAAAAACGGUUAAAAAUCAAUGUUUCCCUCAGCGUUUGUCAUUAGGAAGAUAUCCCAUGUGAUAGGGUAGUACAUACGAAGGUACUUGUGGAAUAUAGUACCACUAGUAUAAUUUUAAGCCUGGAGUUUAAAUAUGUCAUAAAACAAACCCCAUAUUAAUCAAAUAUUUAAUUGAUAUGUUACUCUUCCAAAAAGACAUUUCACAUUUUUCAAUCCUCGUUUUUUUGAAGAUAGUUGACGACGACGAUAUAAUUAUAGCAUUUGGGAGCAAAGAAACGGAGUCACUCGCGUCUUUUUCUUUUUAAUUUCUUGUAUAUUUUCUGAUACAAAUAUUUUACUAAUUGGUAACUUAUGUCGUCUGAAUGACAAUUUUGCUUUGAAACUUUAAAAUGAGAGUAUUAUGUUGUAAAACGAAUAACUGUUUUUAAUGUUAUAUAGGGUUCUUUAAAAUUAUAAAAACGUAAGUGGCUCAGUUUCCUUGCUGCCAAGUGUAGUUGAGUUAUGAUAUCUACGACCAGCAUACAACUUAAGAUUUCUGAUAUAACUAAGUGUAGUUUAAUCAAAUAUCAUAUUGAACUUACUUCUUAUUACAAUUAAUAGGCUGGACCUAUUAACUAAAGAGCUUCAAUAGAAAUAAUAAAUAAUAUUAGCAAAAGAGUUAUUUCUUUGUUUCCUACACUCUUGACCGGUUUUGCUAGGCGUGUUUAGCUAGGCAGUUGAUUGAGGGAUUCGUUUUUCUGUGGUGAGAAAUAAUUUGUACACCUUGUGUGUUUUAUUCUUAAUUUUAAUGCCGAAUGCGCUUGAUUUCAUUGCGAAUUUCAAAUCUUAUUUACAGUAGUAAUGUCAAUAGACUUGAUUUUGAGUUGAUAUUAUAUACCUUAUUCCAUAGUAAUACGGUUGAUGUUUGCAUAUUCAAUAGCUACUAAGUCGAUUCAAUGCAGGAUUAUGAAACCAUGUUUUCCAAUUACUUCGACGGAACAAAUUGCCGGUUUUAAUGUCAAAGAUCCAUUGAAUGAAUGGAUAAAAAGGUGUAUACUUAAUGGUAUCUACAUAUUUAUUGUAAUAUUGGAGUUGUUAAUGGUUUUAUUUCAUUAGGACACCAUGGUGGCAAUCAGGUUUAUUAACUCACCGGCAACAGUUGGGCAACCAAGUUGCCACCAGGUUUUGAUACCCUGCAUGAGACCUGCAACCUGGUAUCCUAAUGAAAUAGGUUUUUAUGAAGAGGAAUGUUUUCAUUAAAGAUACUGAAUGCGGCUUUCUAAUCUCUAAUGAUAAUUGCAUUGUAAUGUAUGUAUAAUAUACAAAUUAUAAGAACAAGUGUGUAUGUCUAUUUAUUAUAAUAUUGUGAUAAGAAAGCAAGAAUAAAAUGAAUGCCAAUUUA